UGACUUGUGAUGUUACUGUAUUUCUGGUUUAAGUUCUUCGGCUUGAUUCAUGGACAUUAUUUCUUAAUUGAUCCGAUCAAUUUCCCCAACUCCAUGGAUAUGAUCGAAAUCAUAAAAAGAGAAACAAUCAAGCCCUCUUCUCCAACCCCACAACACAACAGGAUUCACAAUCUCUGUUGGUUCGACCAGAUCUCUACUCCCUUUUUCAUCCCAAUCCUUCUCUUCUACCGCCAUGGCCUUUUCAACACGAGUAUUAAUGCCGUUUCAGAAACAUCUUCUCUCCUCAUAAACUCUCUCUCUAAAACACUAUCCAAAUACUACCCUUUUGCCGGUAGAAUCAGAGACAGAGAAUCCAUUCUCUGCAACGACGAGGGUGUUGACUUUCUCGUAGCCAAAGUCAAACAAGACCUCUCAUCUCUCCUCCACAACCCCAAGGCCGAGAUUCUUCACCUCUUGUUUCCAGACAAUCUGCAGUGGAGAAACACAGAUGUCAGCUUCCUAUUGGCUGUUCAGGUCAACUACUUUGACUGCGGUGGAUUGGCCAUCGGCGUCUGCAUGUCGCACAAGCUCUCCGACGCAGCCACGCUCGUUUCUUUCAUCAAUUGUUGGGCUUCAACCGCUCGAAACGCAGGCCGGGACGUGUCGUUUCCUGUUUUGAACGUGGCGUCUUUGUUCCCACGCGGUGACCUGCCGUUGUUCCCUGAAGCCGUUCACUGGAAAGGAAAUUACGCUUCUAGAAGAUUCGUUUUCGAAGCCGAAAAGAUCAAUUCUCUUAAGGCCGUAAUCUCGGAAAAAGUAGAGAAUCCUACAAGGGUUGAAGCUGUGACUGCUCUUCUCUAUAAAUCCGCGAUAAAGGCCUCGAGAGCGGUAGUUUCUAAUGCUAAAACUUCAAGUCAUCUUCUUGUCCAACAGGUCAACAUGCGUACUAGGAUGGUUCCGGAGUUGCCCGAAACCUCGGUCGGAAGCCUGUCUUGGUUCUUUCCAGUGUUAUGGGGGAGUAUUGAAAUGGAUGAUCAGUCAUUUUUUGUUGGAUUAGUGAGUCGAAUGAGGGAAGCGUUUACCAAACUAUGUUCUAGUUUUGCUGACAAGUUUGGAGGAGAAGAUUGGUUCUUGGAAAUGUUGGAGAUUUUGAAAGAGUAUAAAGGAUUGUUGAGCAGGAGUGAUCAAGUGGUGUAUAGAUUUUCAAGCUGGUGUAGAUUCCCGGUUUACGAAGCGGAUUUCGGAUGGGGAAAGCCUGUGUGGGUGACUAGUGUUGGUACUGUGGACAAGAACGUUAUAAUUUUGAUGGAUCAUGGCAAAAAUGGUGGUGGGAUUGAAGCAUUUGUGACUUUGGAGGAAGAUGAAAUGUUUGUAUUUGAGUGUGAUCAAGAGCUCCUAGCAUUUGCCUCCUGUAAUCCCAGUGUUCUGUAUUGAUUUUGAUAUUGAGAGUCUCUAUGUCUCUAAUAAAGUCUUUGUUUUAUUAAUAGAGAUUAUCAUAUAGAACAAUCUUAUGUUUCAGUUUAAUUUAUAA